CGAAAAGGGAAUUCUCAUUUAGAUUAUUCUCAGGUGAAGAGAGAAGAGAAGAGCAUGUCCCGAGGAGAUCCCUCGGCGAGAGAAUUCGACGUUCGAGCAAAUCGAGAGCAGAGAGCGUCCGUCCACGUUGAGGUCCUAGGACGCGCGACCUAAUGCUCACGGAGGAGUCGUGUCGGUCUAAUCAUGAAUGAGAACUGGCUCGCUGUCCCAUCUGGGAUCUCUCCAGGUCGCGGGAAUUCUCGUCUCGAAGAUUCAUCGGUGGAGCGUCGAAGCCCCUCAACUCACUCGCUCUUUCGCUGACUCUACCCUGACCGACCGACCGACCGACCGACCAGCUUACUUCCGGUCAGGGCAGUGCCACGGUCGCAGUCGCCGUCGGGGUCACGGUCGUGGUCGCUCGAGUGGUACGGAGUGAGACGCCGAGCGCUUGGGGCAGGAGCGGGGGCUGGCCGGGGGCUUGGGUCUCGACGCAGAAGAACUCGAGCACCGUGCGCUCUGUGGCGCUCAUGGCUGCGAUUCGGAUUUGCUCUCAACGAUGGGCGCCUGCAAUUUCGUCUCUCCGCUGCGCUGCCUUGGCCGCCGGCACCGGGAGCAGGCAUGGAGCUCCUGGUAGAGCUUGCUGGCGGUCGGUUUUCGUCGGCGGUGGUGCGCUCUCUCGAUCGAGGGGGCAGUCGAUCUGGAAGUGUCCGCCCGAUGGCUUCCGCUGCGCCGGGGCCAGACGAGCUUUGCGCGUGAGCGCGGCAGCAGCCCAAUGGAAGGAGGACGAGUCGCCUUACGAAACUCUCGGGGUUUCCAGGGAUGUCGAGGACGAUGAAAUAAAGGCUGCAUAUCGGAGAAUGGCUAAGCAGUUCCAUCCUGACGUGUAUGAUAACAGCAAGGAAUUGUUAGAAGAGGGAGAGACAGCAGAAUCUAAAUUCAUAAGGAUUCAAGCUGCUUAUGAACUGCUUAUGGACCGUGACCAGCGGAGACAAUAUGAUCUCGAUCAUCGUAUCAAUCCAAUGCAGGCAUCUAGAGCAUGGAUGGAUUGGGUCAUGAAGAAGAAGAAAGCGUUUGAGCAGCGUGGUGAUAUGGCGGCAAGUGUCUGGGCAGAGCAACAACAACGAGAGAUGAGUCUCAAGGCUCGAAGGCUCGCACGUCACAAGGUGGAUCCAGAGGAGGAGCGACGGAUUUUGGCCAAGGAGAGGCAGGCUUCGCUGAAGAACUUUGAAACCACUGUCAACCGCCACACACUCGUGUUGAAAAAGAGGGAACUCAACAGGAGGAAAGCAGACGAGGCGGCCAAGGCAAAGCUUGUUCAACAGCUCCUAGCAGCCGAAGGAUUAGAACUCGAUGACGAAAGGUUCUAAGACGAAACGUCGGAACCACUUGUAACAGUAUGAAUUAUCAGAAGAUCCAUGUGGGCCAAAGUCUCUGAAGGGUCAAGGUGUAAAGAGUUACUUCUAGUUGUAAAAAAACUUGAAAGUUGUGCCUGUAUAUGUGCUCCUUCAAUGGAUAACGAAAAAGUCUUCCAAUUGCGAGACUGUAAAGAUCUGGCGAAUUAGGCAAGUUUGCCAUCGACUAUUUCUGGAGAAGAAAGACAAUUGUUCAAUGAAGGUUGAUGUUUCCAAACUGUUCCCAUUCAUUCACUCCCUGAUCCAAAGCUGCCUACUCAUGUAUCAGACGAAGUUAUCCGUCUGUCAC